AUGACUCCUCCCAUUUCUUCAAAAUUAAGCAAACUACUAAAGAAAAGAUCUUCCAUCAAAUCAUCUGUUGAAGUGAUUCGCAAUUAUGUUAACAGUUUCAACAAAACCACACAAUCAAGUCGUCAACUUCAAAUAAGACUUAAAUCAUUAAUUCAAUACAUUUCUGAAUUUAAUGAAAUUCAACAAGGCAUCUCAGAUCUGGACCAAGGGCAAGAAGAUGAAGCUGCGCGACUGGAGUUUGAGGACAUGAAUAUGACACUAUUAGCUAACAUGGAAGACAUGGUCGUUGAAAUGAGUACUGCAACAGUUAUAAACACAUCACAUUCUUCUAGUGCGUCAGGCGGAGAGACAGUAAGGUUGCCAAUGAUACAGCCUCCGACAUUCAAUGGAAGCUUGGAGGACUGGUCAUCAUUCAUUGAUACAUUCAAUGCUUUAUUCCACAAUAAUGCACAGUUGAACGAUGUUCAACGACUGCACUACUUGAAGUCUAGUGUAACGGGUUCAGCAGCUGAUAUUAUAAAAAACUUUUCUAUAACAUCGGAAAAUUACAACGUUGCUUACAACGAAUUAGUACGCCAAUAUGAAAACAAAGGUCUCACCAUCCAGAGCCACAUUCGAUCACUUCUCCAUUCUCCUAAAGUAAAUGCACCAUCUGCAGUUGAGCUUCGCAACUUACAUCAUCAUGUAGCGUCACAUGUCCGUGCUCUCAAGGCGUUGGGACAGCCAGUGCAACAUUGGGACGCAUGGCUUGUGACACUAAUAUGUGGCCAGCUUGAUUCUAUCACUGCCAGUGAGUGGCAACUGCGACAAGAUAAGGAGCUACCAUCUUACAAAGAUCUUGAGUCAUUCUUGGCAAAACGAGUAACUGCUUACGAAGUUGGUCUCAUAUCAAAUCCUUCAGUUGAAAAGGCUUCACGAGCAAAAAAUAGCAAUCAUAAUAACAAAAUAUUUUUUACUCACUCUGCCGAAGGAAAGGUAUUUAAGUGUCCUAUCUGCACACAACCUCAUAAAAUCUAUUCAUGUAAUAGUUUUCUGAAAAUGUCAAUUGCUGAAAGAAAAAACGCCGUUGCUGCUGCAAAAUUAUGUUACAACUGUUUAAACUAUGGACAUCAAAUUAAAGAUUGUCGCUUGUCGUCAUGCCCAAAAUGCAAUAAACGGCACAAUUCAAAAUUACAUGAGGAUACCCCAUCGAACAAUUUACUGGCUGAAUCAAACUGCGCUGAAAUAGACACGAGUGGGAGUGCACCCAGUUCAGUAUUUUUAGCAGGUGCUACUAAUAGUCAAAACUCUGAUGUCAAAUUUAAUGUCAUGUUGUCAACGUCCAUCAUUAUGGUCCAAGAUCCAGCUGGAAAUUGGCAUAAGUGUAGAGCCAUCCUAGAUUCUGGAUCUCAACUUAAUUUUAUCACUAAUGAGUGUGCAAGGAGAUUAAAGUUACUAUCACAUGGCAACAAACAACAAUUCAUUACUGGUAUCGGCUCCAUAAGUUCAUCAGCUUCAAGUUCAUUCUCAGCAUCUAUUUCUUCACGAUUUUGUGUCCAUGAAGUGACUGCUGUCUUACAUUCAUUAUCUACAAUAGUAAAUGUAUUACCCUCCCAUAGGAUUGAACGGAGCGACAUUAUGUUGCCAAGACACAUUAUGGACGAACUUGCUGAUCCAAAAUUCGAUGAACCAGGCAGUAUUGAUAUAUUGCUUGGGUCAGAAAUAUUUUUCGACAUUUUGGGCACUGAAAAAUGGCCACUUACAGAAACGGCUUCGUUACGCAGCACCGAUUUUGGCUGGAUAGUCGUAGGAAAAAUGCCUAUUAAGUUCAGUCAAGUCAAGCAUAUAUCAAACGCUGUGUCUUCAAGUUCAUCCUUGUCUUUAUUUACCUCAGUAGCUGUACAGAAAACAGCCAAUGAACAAAAGGCAGAAGCGCAUUUUUUAUCAACAGUGGCACGAGACAAAAACGGCAGAUUUGUUGUGAAGCUACCGUUUGCCCAGGAUCCACAAGCAUUAGGCGACUCACGAAACAUGGCCCAAAAGCGAUUCUCAAAUCUAGAAAGACGUUUUGCAAAGGACCCAAGUCUCGCAAACGAAUAUAAGGCAUUCAUGACCGAGUACCUCGAGAUGGAUCAUAUGGAAGUCGCCACCAACACUACCAAUCCAUGUUAUUACUUACCUCAUCACGCUGUGUUGAAGGCGAAUAGCCUAACCACCAAACUUAGAGUAGUAUUUGAUGGAUCAGCUGCAUCAAACUCAGGGUUAUCAUUAAACGACAUUUUGUUAAAGGGACCAAAAUCCCAACCGGAUAUCAUCAACAUAUUAUUGCGGUUCCGUGUCCACAAUAUUGCAAUCACAGCAGAUGUGGAAAAAAUGUACAGGCAGGUGCGAGUGGCAGAUGAAGACUGUGACUUCCAGCGUAUAUGUUAUCGUGCUAAUCCACAUGAUCAGUUGACAGAAUAUAAACUGAAGACUGUAACAUACGGUACCAAAGCCGCCUCAUUUUUAGCUACUCGGUGUCUCACUAAAGUCGCUGAUGAAGUGAAUGAUGCCUCAAUUAGGAGAAUCAUUUCUCAGGACUUUUAUGUGGACGAUCUGAUAAGUGGUGGAGAGUCAAUAGAAGCAGUGCACAAUAUCUACCGCCAGCUGCAUUCUACUCUAAUGCAAUAUGGAUUUCCACUCCGAAAGUGGUGUUCAAGCUCCCGCCAACUUAUUGAUCUCAUACCACAACAACAAAGCGACAGCAAUUUUCUCAUAAACAUGAGCGAGGAUGACACAAUAGGGACAUUGGGUCUUCUAUGGCAACCAGCAUCAGACAAUUUUCUAUUUCUAGUUAAACAAUGGUGUCCAGUAGCCAGAAUGACAAAACGAUCUCUUUUAUCUGACAUCAGUAAGGUGUUUGAUCCAAUUGGUUUGUUGUCUCCCGUGUUAAUCAGAGGAAAAAUUUUCUUGCAGCAAUUGUGGUCAUUAAAAAUCAGCUGGGAUGAUGUGCUCUCUGAAGAUUUACAAAAUCGUUGGACAAAAUUUUAUACUAGUUUGCAGUACUUAAAUCAGGUGAUCGUUCCAAGGAAGGUCAUGAUGUCUCCUUCGUCAAACAUUCAGCUCCAUGCCUUUAGUGAUGCUUCCCAAGAAGCAUUCGGAGCUUGUGUUUAUAUGCGUUCAAUGAAAUCUGAUGGCAGUAUUGACGUUCGAUUAUACACCUCAAAGUCCAGAGUAGCCCCUAUGAAACCAUCAACUAUUCCGAGAUUGGAAUUAUGCGGAGCAUUAUUAGCAGCAGAACUCGCCAAUGACACAUCAGCUGAACUCAAAGCGCUAAAUGUCAAUGUGCCACCAAUCGAUGUAUACUUAUGGUCAGACUCUUCUAUAGUAAUUGCUUGGAUACAGAGCCAGUCUCUAUUUUCGGCUUAUAUAUCAAACAGGCUUGCUCGAAUCCUUGACGUUUCGUCUCCUGACCAGUGGCAUCACGUGCCUACGAAGGAAAACCCAGCAGACUUAAUUUCUCGGGGGAUUGAUGCUGCAUCCAUUUCACAGUCGAAAUUGUGGUGGCAUGGACCCUAUUGGCUGAUGCAAGGAAAAGGCAGGUGGCCUAACAGCUAUCAAACACCAGAUACCCUUCCUGAAGUUCGUGCAGUAAAGCUGGUACUCACAGCAUCAGAUACACCUGCACCUUGGUUGUUAGAGAAAUACUCAAGUUGGUCAACAUUGCUUAGAAUUACAGCUUUAGUACAGCGCUUUAUCAAUAAUUGCAAAUUUUCGCUUUUAAACAAACGCGAUAGACGUACAGUUGGCUUUUUAACCAUCACAGAAAUUGCAGAUGCUGAACGAUUCUGGGUAACUAAUGCUCAAAUCAGCGCAUUUGAUGAUGAGUUGUCUUCUUUAAAGGCAGGUAAGCUGGUACGUCGUUGUAGUCCACUAUUCAGACUAAGUCCAUUUAUCGAUGAACAUGGAGUGAUAAGAGUAGGUGGUCGCCUGGUGAACUCGCCCAUAAGUUAUGACUCAAGGCAUCCAAUGGUAUUGCCUUCAAAAAGCAUGGUAACCAAGAUGAUCUUCAAUUAUGAGCAUCGUCGCUUAAUGCAUGCUGGCCCUCAAGCAUUACUUGCUCAUGUGUCACGAAAGUACUGGCCUCUUAGAGGAAGAGAAAUCGCUAGAAAAACAGUCCAUCAUUGUUUACAAUGUUUCCGCACAAAGCCGAUAUUCCUCUCGCCAGUGAUGGCCCCGUUACCACGUGAAAGAGUCACCAUUAGUCGGGCAUUCUCGAAAACAGGAGUGGACUAUUGUGGCCACAUCAUGGUGAGAAGUGGACUUAGAAGAGUCACACCAAAAAAAAGUUACAUAUGCGUGUUUGUAUGUAUGGUAACAAGAGCAAUACAUUUAGAAUUGGUUUCCUCAUUAACAACAGAAGACUUUCUUGCCACACUCUCCCGUUUCAUGGCUCGGCGAGGACAAAUUUCAGUGCUGUAUAGUGACAAUGGCACAAAUUUUGUUGGUGCUGAUCGAGCAUUACAAUCUCAAUUUAAAGCACAUAAAAAAGACAAAGCUGUAAAUGACUACUUAAGCAUUAACGCCAUCCAGUGGAAAUUCAUACCAGCAGCAGCGCCUCACUUCGGAGGCCUGUGGGAAGCGGCAGUCCAAUCAGCAAAGCGGCAUUUAUAUCGAGUAUCAAAGGGAGUGUUAUUAACCUAUGACGAAACCACGACGUUACUUUGCAAGGUAGAGGCCGCAUUAAACUCAAGGCCCUUGACACCUAUGUCGUCAGAUCCUGGUGAUUUAAACGUAUUAACACCUGGGCAUUUCCUGGUCGGUGGCCCUUUAAUGUUGCCUCCUGAACCUGACCACUCGACAGUUCCUCAAAACCGAUUGCGCAGAUUCAAGCUUAUGCAAGCACAAUUUCAAAUAUUUUGGAAGCGAUGGCUGUCAGAGUACCUGCCCCAAUGUCAAAGGAAGGGAAAAUGGCUAAAAAGAACUCGAAGUGCUGUGGUCGGCGACAUUGCAAUAUUAAAAAACGAAUUGUUACCACCGUUACAAUGGCCUCUGGUCCGGAUAACAGAGAUUCAUCCAGGGCGAGACGGUAUUGUUAGAGCAGUCACUGUGCGCAACUCUGCGGGUCAAUUAUUCAGCCGUCCAGUGGUGAAGUUGGCAUUUCUACCAACACCUGAAGAUGAGAAUCAGGAUACAGCUGUCUAG